CCAAAAAUGGCCCGCCGAAAUGUGUGGAGCGGAGAGGAAACGAUGGAACUGCUGGAGAUAAUAAAGGAACAAAACUUUAUGAAUCUGUUUGCGACAGCCAGCCGUGGCCAGAAGGACUACGAUGUGUACCGAAUGAUAGAGGAGGAAUUGCAAAAGAAUGGCUUUAACGGGAAAGAUGCGGGACAGAUCUAUCACAAGUGGAAAAAUCUCAAGCGGGCGUUCUACCAAUCAAAGAAGCUAAAUAAAGGCCGUGCCAUCUGUGAGUUUGCCGAAGAGCUAGCCGAAAUACUGGAAAAACCGUGUGCCCUAAAGCGCCGUGAACCUGAUCCUCCUGUAGAACCGGUCGAGGGAGAACCAGCUCCAGUUAAGAAACGAAACAACUCGCAGAUCAAAACCAUACGAAGUCAGAUUGUGGCGAAGCUUGCCAAAGCUCAGAACGAUAACAGUGAUGAAUUUGCCAAAAAGUGGAACGACCUGAAUGACUACGAGUUCAAGCUGUAUAAGCGCAAGGAAAAAGAGCAGACUGUCGUUAUGAAUCGCUUACUGGAAGAUAGCAAAACAACGCUCAUGAGUCGAUGUAGGGAUAUACUAGCCGGGCGAACAUUACUGUUAACCGAUGGUGAAGAGGAUGAGGAGGAAGAAGAGGAGGUAGAUCGUUUAAAUGUAAUUGAAAUUGUGGCCACGGACGUAGAGAUCGCACCGGGCGAAGAAGCAACGGUUAAAGAGUUCCAAAUGCAGUCAGCUUCUAAUGAGCUGAUGGAGUUUAUUUAGAACGAAACAUCAAUACACAUACCUAUUCGCCUUUGCAAUAAACAUUUCCAGAAGCUCAUA